UAAUUAUCCAAAAACAACAGCAUUCUCAACCCAGUCCAACUUAUAAACACCACUACAAUUUCCAACAAUGAAAUUCACUGCCGUUGCAUCUCUGCUCUUCAUUGCUGCCUCAUCUGUGCAGGCCGGACCCAUUCAGUCAGCCCAAGAAGGCAUCCAAACUAUCCCUAACGUAGUUCCUAUGAGUCCCAACCAAAUCAUUGAAAAAGCCAGCCGUGCUCCAGCAAGCCCAUACCAGAUUGGCGGUGUUGAUGUGCUGACUCUUGUAAACCAAGUUACCCCAGUUGCCGUUGAGGGUCUGAGGCAGUUUAAGGGUAUUUUUAAUACUGUUCUGAAUACUCUUAUUGUGGCACUUCAGGGAAAGCCAUAGGUUGGUUAAUCUGAGUUACAGUUCAAUGUAGUAUCAGCCUAGUAUAAACUCGAUACAACAUCAAUUUGAACUCAUCAUCUGUUAAUUCUGGUUCGCUCAUCAUAGUUACAUUGUAGUUUGAUUACUUUGGGUAAUUUAUCUAAACUAUUGUAAUAAUACAUAUAGAUUUGUUGAACUACAUUAUAAGGGUUUAGAGUUUCACAUUUUAAGCGACUUUUAGAAGCAUUAAUAAUGAAC